GGGACUGAGUUGGCCGUGCAGGGGUGGCGCUGGCUACCCAUCCCCGCGUCCCACUCCAGCCACAGUUGCAUACACGGAGUCACUCAUUACAAAUAUAUAUUUGCACACCACCCCCAACCGUUUGUAGGCGAUAAGCAAAACAUGUUUGUUUGAGUGUCUUCACCGAUCCAAUGCAUCUCUGGGGAUUUUAAAGUCUCCCAGUUCACCUCGCAGACUCAGUCAGCGCUCCAGGGAUAUAUAUCUCUCUCUCUCUGACUGUAACUCUGUCUCUCUCAACUCGCCGGCUUUCCAUCCCAAAGGCGCCACAACGCCAGGCUCCACGACCCGAACCAUGACUUGCCACCUGCCGGGUCUGCUCCUCGUGGCGUUGCUGUUCGUGAGCGGAGUGCCCAGGUCAACGUGGAGCGAAACGAGCGAUCCUGCAAGCAGACGAAAUUCCAAGCAGAAGCUUCGUGAGAGGAGCCUCAAAAGAAUCCCCGUCAAAGCCCCCGAGGAUCACGUCGCAGUCGGCCCGGCCCUCGGAAUCCUCACACUCGAUGCUGAAAACCCCCCCGUCGACGGCCUCGUCAAAGUCCUCGCCGCUGCUGCCCAACGGCUCCGCCGGUGUCAUCGGCAGCGCGAGAAACCCCCACGUUGGUGGGGAAGAAGUCCCGCGCGGAGUACUCCAUCAAAAAAGGUCGCGAGCUCACCAGGCGGUCCGCCUAGACGCGCUGAGCGUGGCCGUGCCACCUACAUCCGAGCCGGCGCCGCCCCAAGCACAACUGCCUGGCAACGAGCCACCUUCUCGGACACCCUGGCAAGGCACAGUCUCAAAUGCUACGAGUGCACGGGGGCCACUGCCAACAAGGUGUGCAACGGGGAUGGGCCCACUGCAUGUGCCGCCACCACGCUGGACACCUGCGGGACGAUGCUACUCUACCCGGGGCACCUCCUACAUCGUCACCAAGGCACCACCAACGGAGCCACGCUGCUCACCACGUGCUGCCAGAGCGACGGCUGUAACGUCAACGCCGCUCCUCCUCGCCCCCGCUGGACGCAGCUCACGUGA